UUUGACAAAAUCAAGUUCGCCAUGUUCAUGGAAGUCAAGCCUCCGGACAACGAAACCCUGGCCACGCUUGUACCUGACGUGUGGUUCGAGCUCAUGGACGAGGUACAUCCCACUGAAGAAACUUACAGAAAGAAUUUGUACGCAGCUGCCAAGCAGAGGCUGAAGGUUAUGACCACAGACAUUGAGAACAUCCAGCUGAGGAUACUUGAACAACUGACUGUGGGCAACGACGCACCACCGGGUCAAACCAGCCGCGAUCUGUUUCUCGCGAAAUUCGAGGCCUUCGUCAAGGAAAAUACUCCAGGAAGCAGGACCUUGACCCUCGACCUGUGUCCGAAUGCGGUUGCCUUGGCGUUCUUCCACCGACUUCUGGCCCUGGUCCGUCGGUGCCUUCCCGUAUUUCACACCGGCACCGGUCAGCUGCUUCAAGAACACAACUUGUACAUUCCGGCAUCCUUGUUUGUGACUACAAUCGGAACGGGCCCCGAGGUGUCCCACGUCGGCGACACACCGGAUCAGAGGAUGGUGGCGUCGGAAAUACCGACCUCAACGUCCAAUCGGAUGAUGAGGACAACGCAGCAGAAUGUUGGUGGCAGCCCGGCUCGCGCGGAGACCGAAACGUCGGCUACGGCCCAGGAAGCCAAGGAGGAAGACAAGAGCGUCAAGAUUCUGCAACUUCUCGACGGAAUCGUGCGAUUGUACUGCCUCUGCGGGCACGCUCAGUUCGUCAAGAUGAAUGCCGUGAAAGACAACAUGCGGGAGUACCUCAGGGCUGUGCAGGAGGUCAGGAGGAACACCGCCUGGGGCGAAAAAGACGUGGUCGAGGCACUCAGCAAGGUGGAGCAAGUCUUCGGCGAAACGCUCGCCGAGCAGGCUCGUCACGUUGCCUGGCUCUCGGUCGUGGUUUUCUCCAAGGAGAAACAGAGCGACAUUUACUGGCUGCUGAACGUCGUGUUGAAGACUCUCGAAGAAGCAUCCUCCGCGGGCAUGGAGUUUUGCUUCGUGCCAGAGUACCACGUCGAAGCAUGCAUGAGGCUGUUGACAUCUCUGAGCGUCCACUUCCCGCCAACGUGCCUGCUGAGCGACAUCCCUGGUCACUACCAUGUCCUAGUGAGGUACAGCACUUUCCUUGCCGAACACUUUGCCGAUCGCCGUGUCGUCAACCCAGAUGUGAAAGAUGCCCUGCUACGAGCCUUGGCUGCACAUGUCUGCCCGCCGUCCACCGUCAGGGCGUUGGAGUGCAUGCCAACAAAGAGCUCUUUGGCGCUUAUCCAAGCCUUGCUACAGCCUUACAAGAACCGGCCGUGGGCCCAAACAAACUGGAUACUGAUGAGGCUGUGGAAGGGCUGCGGAUAUGCCUUUCGUUACACGCUGUCGCCACACCGAGCUGAGAGGAUGGCUUCCAGGCCCGUGGAAUCGACAGUACCCAAUCACCCUGCGCCCUGUCCGAGUGUGUUCUUCCAGAACCACAUUGGCCGCUGGCUGGAGGACCACCCAGAGCCAGCUUCAGCUUUCCUGGGCAGCGUCCUGACGCAGCUUAACUGGUCCUUCUCCCAGUUCAUAAGCAUGCUUCAGGAGAUCCAGAAUGCUCAGAGCAGACCCGAGCGAGUGUUCAUCAACUCGCAGCAGCUGAAGAUCUGCGCCACCUGCUUCGACCUGUCGCUGGGCCUUCUCCGCGUCCUCGAGAUGAUCGUGAACGUUGCACCGAGCCUCGUCACCAACCCUACGAGGCCCCACUCUGAGCUUCUGCUAGCCCGUAUCUUUCAGGUGCUGAGCCACAUACUGAACCGGGUGACGUCCAGGUGCGGCUGCUUCGACCUGGUGGUCGGCAUGGACAUGGCGGGUCUGGAGGGCAUUGACCACUUUCCCAUAGUCGCUGCCGUGACUGGAAUCCUGGUUGCACUUUUGCUCAAGGGAUCCGUGGAGAGCCGUGAAACGGCUCUGUCGGGUCUGCUAGCCGAACCGUGCUUCCAGCUGUCGUCCCUCGAGUUCCUGCUGGGCGGUGGGCCCACGUCGCUGGUGGUGCAAGAGGGGGUGUUGGAGGAAGCCGAUACUGCCAGUGACGCACCUGUUUUCUCGCUUGCAAACUACUCUGAGGUGAAGGAGGAAGAGGUGGAGCAAGCGCGACAGCUGGUGCAGCUGGUGCAGAGUCGGCAGCCGCCACCAGUCACCUUUGACGAGGACCACAUCUGCACCAUCUGCUACGCGCAGGGCAACUCGGUGCGCUUCGUCCCCUGUGGCCACCAGUCCUGCCACGUGUGCAUCCUGACUCAUCUCGCCAACAGCAAGGAGUGUUUCUUCUGCAAAGCCAUCGUGGAGAAGCUUGACCCUUGCAGGACGCUACCCCCACAGUGAAACCGUCAGCCUUUAGGCCGGCAGGUUUCAAUCGUGGCU